AUGCUCAUCAACUCCAUUCCAGUCGAAAGUGACACCGAAUUCACCAUGAAACCCUCUAAAGAAAAUCUUAUUGCACCAAAUGCAUUGCACAAUACUACCUUUUAUAAAAGCAUUGUCCAAUAUGUUCAUGAUCAAAGUCAUGUGGAACAUUGUUCAAACAGAAGGUACAUUAUUUACCGCUGCAACGCAGGCAAGCUUUGCGGGGGAAUCGGCGACCGACAGAAAGGAAUCAUUACCGCAUUUCUACUUGCUUUACUUACAAAGAGAACCUUCAUUAUUGAUGUAAGUUAUCCAUGUAAGCUGGAGACGAUUUUGAGACCCAGUUUAUAUGACUGGACGACUUGUAAAGACUAUGCUCUAAGUGUCCCAGCCGUUGAUUCAAUUUCUCUUCAUUUAUUACGCGAUCACACAUUUAGAACUAAGAUUUCAAAACAGGAUUUUCGACAGUGGAAUAAUACAGUAGUGUUCAUUAUGCUGAACUGGUUAUCCUUUCCUGGAAUACGACAGCAUGAUGUUACAAAAGCUAUGAAUUUGUUUACUGAUAUCACGAACGAAGAAGCAAUCAAAGUUGUUUUGGAAUCAUUGUUUAAACCAAGCCAUAGACUGGACACAGAAAUCAAUGCAUUUAACAGAAACCAAAGGCAGGGCCGUCAUCUUGUUUGUGCGCAUAUAAGAACAGGAAGGAACCCUUCAAUACCCCUCGAUUCGAAAUCAGAUAAAAGGAAUCCAAAUGUUUCAAUCAUAUUUGCAUUCCUAGAAAAAUACGAUACCCAUGAAAAUGUGAUUUAUAUUGCAACAGACGCAGAUGAAGUUAAGAACAAUAGUUAUUUGACUUUUAAGAACGUAAUAACUCUUAAAAGAAAAAUUGUGCACGUUGAUAAACUAGGAAAUAUGCAAAUGGAUACAGCGUGUGAAGGAUAUUUUACAGCUAUCUUGGAGCAAUACAUUCUGGCUGGUUGUGACACCUUAAUUCUCACACACAGCAACCUUGGAUUCAUGGCUGCCUAUGGGAGAGGAGUUGUCGAUCAUUUGUUCUUGUAUAAUAAAAAGAAAAACGUAAUUCAAAAAGCAAAGACUUUGGAAGAUAUAUAUAAUGUAUUUGGCUAUAUAUAGAGAAAAUGCCGUCGGAUAUAUCUUUGUAAAUCGGUU